AUGUCCCCGCUGGCCCUCGCGUUGCUCGUGCUUGCCCCCCUGGCCUGGUCCCCAUCCUCCCUGGCCUGGUCUUCCUCCUCCGCCCAGAGGAGCGUCGGCUGUCUGUUCCAGAACGAGCUCUGUUCACCCUACGAGGUCUGUGUUAACGAUGGGAUGUUCGGUCGGUGCCACCGUCUCCCGCUGACAGAGGUCUCCACCUACCAUGUCUCUCCCGCCGUGGUUCAGCGCUUCCGGAUCCUUCUGGAGAAACUGUCCAGCAGAGGUCUGACCUGGGAGGACGAGGCCACCCAGCGGGUCCUGGACCGGGAGCUCUCCACACUGCGGAGGACCCCCCCUGCCCCCCCCACCGGCAGCAGGCCGGGCCAGGCCCCCCCGGACUCCGACCGGCUGGAGACGGUGAAGGAUGAGCUAGGCAGGAGCCUGCAGACCUACCUCCAGCGCCUGGCACCCCAGAUCCCCGUGGACCCCCAGACCCCCGGGGCCCCGGGGGGUCCCAGGUCGCCCUCCCGGAUGCGGGGCCCCCAGGGGGAGGGGGACCUCCUGGUCCAGGCCCUGAGGAGCUACCUGUCCGGGCCUGAGGGCCCCAGAGGGCCCAGGCCCCUCCAAAGCCAUACGGGGCCGGACGGCUCACGGCCGAGGCUGCUGCAGCUGGCAGGGGCCCCGCGCUGGGCCGCCAGGGGCCCCCUCAGCCCGGCGGACGAGGCCCUGGCUCCAGAGGACUUGGACCAGCUGUCGUCUCUGAUCGCAGACGCUCUGCAGGUGGUCGACCUGGACGCCCCGGGACCCGGCCUGACCCGGGACCGCCCGGAGCCCCGGGACCUGGAGCAGGAGCAGCAGGAGGAGCUGCUGGCGUUCCUGGACCGCCCCCCCCCCGGCCCCGCACUGCAGGAUGUGGCGCUGCAGAAGAAGGACACCACCCAGUCGCUGGAGGAGGUGGAGGAGGUGGAGGGCUGGAUCCGGGAGGCCCCCCCCCCCGCCGCCGCCGUGGUCCGGGCCCCGCCCCCCCAGCGCCAGAUGGCAGCGGCCCCCGUCCCGGAGCUGAGGCUGGACGUCAGCGGGGGGCGGAGCGAACCGGGGGUCUUCGGCUACGUCAUCACCGACACCGAUGGUCUCCAGACCGAUGAGGGUCUCCACCUGAUGGAGGUCUUGGCUCACAUGGCCAACAUCCAGAUGAGCGACGUGGCAGAGCUGUCGGUUGUGGGUCCAGCCGUGACCUUCAAGGUUCAUCCAAACCGACACAACGUCUCCACCGCUGACGUAGCCGACGUAGCAGUCCACCAGCGGGCCUCUCUGGAGAAGGAGGCGAAGCUCAACAUCCUGGAAGCCGGUGUCGCUGAGGGCAGUGAGAUCAACCAGAUCCCCAAAAAGUACAGCCAGGCCGAGUCCACCAAGUUCAUGGUGCUGACGGUGGUGUCCCUGCUGUGCACGGCCGCCGUGCCACUGGCCUCCACCGUGGUGUACUGCCUGCGCCACCGCUCUCACCACAGGCUGAAGCAGAAUUUCAGCAGCCUGGGCGGCAACGCGCCCGGCGACGCCACCUCCACCUACCAGGAGCUGUGUCGUCAGCGCAUGGCGGUGAAGCCCCCCUCGGAGCCCCUCUCCUCCCGCAUCACCAGCGUCUCCUCCCAGUUCAGUGAAGGAGGAGGAGGAGGCGGGGCGGCGGUCAGUCCCUCCGCCCGCGGCAGCACCUCCUCCUGGGGCGAGGAACCCUCCCACUCCAACAUGGACAUCUCCACCGGUCACAUGAUCCUGGCCUACAUGGAGGACCACCUGAAGAACAAGAACCGUCUGGAGAAGGAGUGGGAGGCACUGUGCUGCUACCAGGCCGAGCCCAACGCCAGCAAUGCCGGCCUGCGUGACGGCAACGCCAAGAGGAACCGCUCCAGCACCGUGGUGGCCUACGAUCACUCCAGGAUCAGCCUGAAGGUGGAAAACAGUCAGGGGAACUCUGACUACAUCAACGCCAGCCCUAUCAUGGAUCAUGAUCCCAGGAGUCCUGCCUACAUCGCCACGCAGGGUCCGCUCCCCUCGACUGUAGCGGACUUCUGGCAGAUGGUGUGGGAGAACGGCUGUGUGGUCAUCGUGAUGCUGACCCCCCUGGUGGAGGGAGGAGUGAAGCAGUGCUACCACUACUGGCCUGAUGAGGGUUCCAACCUCUACCACAUCUACGAGGUGAACCUGGUGUCGGAGCACAUCUGGUGCGAUGAUUUCCUGGUGCGGAGCUUCUACCUGAAGAACAUGCAGACCAACGAGACUCGAACCGUCACCCAGUUCCACUUCCUCACCUGGCCCGGCCGCGCCGCGCCCGCCUCCAGCCGCUCACUCCUCGACCUGCGCAGGAAGGUCAACAGAUGCUACAAGGGUCGCUCCUGUCCCAUCAUCGUCCACUGCAGCACUAGUGACGGUGCCCCUGGCCGAGCCAAAGAGAUUGACAUUGCAGCUACCUUGGAGCACCUGAGAGACCAGAGACCUGGGAUGGUCCAGACCAAGGAGCAGUUUGAGUUUGUGUUGACAGCUGUCGCCGAGGAGGUGAACGUCAUUCUGAAAGGCCCCUCCUGCCACAAUUGA